GGAGCGCUCUCUUUCACAUGCUAAUAGAUCUGUAUAAAUAGAGGGACUCCGGAGCGCGGAGGCCUCAAAGAUACUCCAGUUUUCAAAACAGAAAGAUCGCACGCCCGAAGGACAUGGCUGCCACCACGAUGGCACACAACGUGGAAAAGCUUUCCAGUGCUAAAGCAGAGAGGAAGCUGAGAAAGCCUUUGAUUGAGAGAAAAAGACGCGAAAGAAUCAACAAUUGCUUGGAUCAACUGAAAGAAACUGUUGUUGGCGCCUUUCGGCUGGAUCAAUCAAAGCUGGAAAAGGCCGACAUUCUUGAAAUGACAGUAAAACACCUUCAAAACAUACAAAGUAAUAAAUUCUCCGCCGAUUCUUCAAUGGGACUGGAAGCUCAGCAGAAGUACAGCACUGGAUACAUUCAGUGCAUGCACGAAGUUCACAACCUGCUGCUAACUUGCGAGUGGAUGGACAAGACACUGGGGUCUCGCCUGCUUAAUCACCUGCUUAAGUCGUUGCCGCGUUCCACCGCGGAGGUCCAGUCAGCUCCAAGACCGCUUAGCCCAUCGUCUCCCUCGCCCGCACCGCUGAGCGAGGGCCACCGCGCUGCGCCGGUCCCGGGACACACGCAGAAAGAGAGCCGGGAGCUCUCCGCCUGCUCCCAGCAGAGAGCGCGCAGCCCGCAGGAGAACCGUCGCUUGCGCAAUCACUACAUGGCUUCACUAGACAUGUGGAGGCCGUGGUAAAACACUGGAAUCUCGAACGCUUGUUGAUCUACACGUAGACAUUUGUUAUAUGUAUCUUAUAGAUAUGCUUCUCAAAAUCACGUGUGGGGCUGUACUGUUCCAGUAGGUGUACUAAAGACCUGGUUACUUCCAGCUGAAGUAAACUCUCACGUAGCCUGCAUUGUAGAAGGCUGUUAUUUUAUUUAUUCUAUUAACUUUUAAAUUAUUAAUUAACGAUAACACCUGGCAUUUAGAUUUGUGUACAAUUAAUAUAGUGUGAAUGUUUCCUCUUCCUUCAUACUUGUAAUUUAAACCUUAACACGAUAUUAAUAAACUCAUUUCUUUUCAAUGAA